AUGGAUUGUGCUUUUUUAGAGGCAUGGAAGAAAGCUUGUGCAACUGAUGGAGGCACACUAAGUGUUCCAAAAGGAGAUUAUCAAUUAAGUGAUGUUGAAUUUUUAGGACCAUGCAUUGGCAAAACCAAUGUUGUACUAGAUGGAACCAUAAUUGCUCCCGAAGUUCCUACUCCCGAAAUGGAUUAUUGGAUCAAGUUUCUCCGGGUCGAUGACCUCUCGAUAUCCGGCACCGGUACCUUAAAUGGAAAUGGAGCCUCAUAUUGGAAGAUCAAGCAAGCCCCCAUUAUAACUUCAUUAAAGUUGGAGCGUGUCAACAAAGUGAACAUUGAAAACAUCCAUUCAAUCAACAGCAAAAAGUUCCACUUUAACGUCCACAAAUGCAAAGAUGUAACCUUUAACAGCGUCCACGCCACAGCUCCGGCCGACAGCCCCAACACUGACGGCAUCCACCUGGGAAAAUCCGAUAACAUCAGAAUCUUCGGUGGAAACCUCGCCACUGGAGACGACUGCAUCUCCAUAGGAAGCGGAGUAACCAACAUGAACGUCACAGGCGUUAAUUGUGGGCCAGGCCACGGCAUCAGCAUCGGGAGCCUCGGGAAGUAUGAGGACGAGGAGUUUGUCCGGUCAAUUAGGGUAACCGAUUGCAAUUUCGAAGACACCGAUAACGCGCUGAGAAUCAAGACAUUCGGAACUUCUCCACCGGGCCUUGUUUCCGAUGUCACUUUCAAGAACAUUACAUUAAAUAAUGUGUACAAUCCGAUCAUCAUCGAUCAACAUUAUUGCCCAGACUCGAAAUGUGAGGGUGGUGAUUCGAAUAUUAAAAUAAUAGGUGUGAAAUUCAUCGACAUUCGUGGCAGCUCGAAUACGGAAGUCGGGGUGAAGAUUGAUUGCUCCAAAUGGCAUCCUUGCAGCGGCAUAGAGUUGAGAGGAGUUAACUUGACCUUUAAAGGGAAACCAACUACUGCACUUUGCUAUAGAGCUAAUGUUAAGUUUGUUGGAGAUGAACAAAUUCCUUCGAGUUGUACUUGGGAAUAG